AUGGAGGUUGGUGGAGAUACAGCUUUGUCUCCAACUGUGGCAGCUGCACUGGGCGACCUUGAAAUGGAGGUUGAUCUAGGUGAAUACGUCGUUGUGACCCAGACAAUGGAGAGCACCCCAGUGUCCGUAGGUGCAAUUUUCGUUAGGAAUCCCUUGCCGGUCGCUGAUGCAGUCGCGGGAGCCACCUUCAACCCUCCAUACCUGGCUUAUAGACGUAUGCCCUUCGGGUUGUGUAAUGCACCUGCUACUUUUCAGCGUUGCAUGAUGAGUAUUUUUUCUGACAUGAUAGAUAGUUUUCUCGAGAUCUUUAUGGAUGAUUUCUCUGUUUUUGGUUCCUCGUUUGACGAAUGUUUGAAGCAUCUUGCCCUCGUGAUAUCCAGAUGUAAAGAAAAGAACCUUGUUCUAAAUUGGGAAAAAUGCCAUUUUAUGGUGAAUUCAGGAAUAGUUCUUGGUUUUUACCAGCGAUUCAUCAAAGAUUUCAGCAAAAUCUCCAGACCUCUGUGCAGUCUUCUCUCCAAAGAUGUUGCCUUCAAUUUCGAUGCUGCUUGUGUGAAGGCAUGGGAGGAAUUAAAAACCCUUCUCACCACCGCUCCUAUAGUCCGACCACCCGAUUGGAAGCUUCCGUUCGAACUUAUGUGUGAUGCCUCUGAUUAUGCUGUUGGUGCUAUUUUAGGACAGCGAGUUGAUAGACUACCAUAUGUGAUAUACUAUGCUAGCAAAACCCUUAAUGAUGCCCAACUCAAUUAUUCAACUACCGAGAAGGAAUUGCUUGCCGUCGUUUUCGCAUUAGACAAGUUUAGAUCUUAUCUGAUAGGGUCUAAGAUCAUCAUAUACACAGACCAUGCGACUUUGAAGUAUCUUCUUUCCAAGAAGGAUGCUAAAGCUCGCCUUAUUCGAUGGAUACUCUUAUUACAGGAAUUCGAUCUCGAAAUCCGUGAUAAGAAAGGUUGUGAGAAUGUGGUUGCUGAUUAUUUGUCUAGAUUAACUUUAGAGUCUAUUGAUGAAUGUGAGCUGAUUAGAGAAUCAUUCCCAGAUGAACAGCUGAUGUCUAUCUCAGACCUUCCUUGGUUUGCUGAUAUUGUUAACUACCUCGCUACAGGUAGGAUUCCCUCACGUUGGUCGAGACAAGACCGCUGUAAAUUCCUGGCUGAAAUUUUUGAUGUUUGGGGGAUAGACUUCAUGGGUCCAUUCCCUAUUUCUGACAGUAGAUUGUACAUCCUAGUCGCAGUUGAUUACGUUUCUAAGUGGGUAGAAGCCAUAGCAACCAGAACAAAUGACCACAAGGUGGUACUUUCAUUUCUAAAGGAAAACAUAUUUGCACGUUUUGGUACCCCUAGAGCUAUCAUCAGUGACGGCGGUUCACAUUUUCGUAACAAGUACUUUGAGUCUUUAGUACGCAAGUAUGGCAUAACUCACAAGGUUGCUACUCCGUACCACCCUCAGACUAGUGGACAAGUGGAAGUGUCUAAUAGGGAAAUUAAGAAAGAUUGGUCAUUGAGAUUGAAUGAUGCUUUGUGGGCCUAUAGAACAGCUUAUAAGACACCAAUUGGCAUGUCCCCCUAUCGUCUAGUGUAUGGAAAGCCAUGUCAUCUACCUGUGGAAUUAGAACAUCGUGCCUACUGGGCAAUCAAAGAGCUGAACUUUUCUCUGGACGAAGCUGGAAUUCAACGAAAACUUCAACUCAACGAGUUGGAAGAAUUGAGAAAUGAGGCUUAUGAUAGUGCCAAGUUAUAUAAGCAGAAGAUGAAGAUGUUUCAUGACAAG